AUGACAAAACAGGUAAACAGUAGAGUAUUGGAUAAAGAUAGUUUUGCUCAGUAUUGUAACAAUAGUGGUUUAGUUAAGAUGGAGAAAAUUAUUAAAAUGCUUAGUGAACGUAGUAAGCCUUUGAUAUUACAUGAUGGACAUAAUUUUUUUAAAUAUCGAGUUAAAAGUACCGGAGAAAUGUGUUGGAGCUGCAUCAAAAAGACGUGUAAUAUGAAGUUAUAUACUAUAGGUACUGAUGAUGUGUUCUCCAAAGUUAGUGGAUCCCAUAGUCACGAAAAAAUUUAUAUUAGAGACUUGAAUCGUCAACAAGUCAAUAAUAGUUUAAAACGCAAGAUUCGUGAUGGUGACAUAGUUGUAACGGAAAGACCGUCUAAAAUAAUACAUAUGGAACUGAAUCAACAAAAUUCGACUCUUAAAGACAUUAAGCAAAUUCGGAAUAACAUAAGUCAUACAAAGCUCAAACUUAUGCCUAAGUUACCGCGAUCUACAUCCGACGUCCAUGAUUUUUUGAGAUCAAUUGAGAUUUCAACUAUCUUGGAUGAGAAUUUUUUGCUGAUUAACGAUAUUGAAAACAACAUUGUUGUAUUUUCGUGUUUGAGAAAUAUGAAAUUUAUGUGUGGACAAAAUACUUUGUUUAUGGAUGGAACAUUUGAUUAUUGCACCAAUUUUUCACCAAAUCAGCCACCUGUACAAUUACUUAUGAAUAGCGAAAUGAUGCGAAAUUAUGGAAUCGAAACUUAA